UCCGCAGGCUCGCCAUGUUCCCCUGGGGGCUGAGCUGUCUGUCGGUGCUGGGGGCGGCGGGCACCGCUCUCCUGGGCGCCGGCCUGCUGCUCAGCCUGGCCCAGCACCUCUGGACGCUCCGCUGGACGCUGAGCCGGGACCGGGCCUCCGCCCUGCCCCUGCCCAAGGGCUCCAUGGGCUGGCCCUUCUUCGGCGAAACGCUGCACUGGUUAGUUCAGGGCUCCCGCUUCCACAGCUCCCGCCGGGAGCGCUACGGGACGGUGUUCAAGACGCACCUGCUGGGCCGGCCGGUGAUCCGCGUGAGCGGCGCGGAGAACGUGCGCCGGAUCCUGCUGGGCGAGCACCGCCUUGUGCGCAGCCAGUGGCCGCAGAGCGCGCACAUCCUCCUGGGCUCGCACACGCUGCUUGGAGCCUUUGGUGAGCCGCACCGGCAGCGGCGCAAGGUCCUGGCACGGGUUUUUAGCCGCGGGGCCCUGCAGCACUUCGUGCCCCGCCUGCAAGGGGCGCUGCGGCGCGAGGUGCGUUCCUGGUGCGCGGCCCGCCGGCCGAUUGCUGUCUACCAGGCUACCAAAGCACUCACCUUUCGUAUGGCUGCGCGCAUCCUCCUGGGGCUACGGCUGGACGAGGCACAGUGCGCGGAGCUGGCCCGGACCUUCGAGCAGUUCGUAGAGAACCUCUUCUCGCUGCCCCUGGACGUUCCCUUCAGCGGCCUGCGCAAGGGAAUCCGGGCACGAGAUCAGCUGCAUCGGUACCUGGAGGAGGCUAUUGCUGAGAAGCUUCAUGAAUACAAGGCUGCAGAGCCGGGUGACGCCCUUGACAUGAUCAUCCACAGCACUAGGGAGCUGGGCCAGGAGCUCUCAGUGCAGGAACUGAAGGAGACGGCUGUGGAGCUCCUCUUCGCCGCCUUCCUCACCACGGCCAGUGCCAGCACGUCCCUCGUCCUGCUGCUCUUGCAGCACCCGGCGGCCGUCGCCAAGAUCCGGCAGGAGCUGGCGGCGCAGGGACUGGGGCGCGCGUGCGGCUGCGCGGCGGGGGCCGCGGGGGGCGGCGCGGGGCCCCGGCCCGACUGCGGCUGCGAGCCGGAUCUCAGCCUCGCGGCGCUGGGGCGUCUGCGCUACAUCGACUGCGUGGUCAAGGAGGUGCUGCGCCUCCUGCCGCCGGUGUCCGGGGGCUACCGCACCGCGCUGCGCACCUUCGAGCUCGACGGCUACCAGAUCCCCAAGGGCUGGAGUGUGAUGUAUAGCAUCCGGGACACGCACGAGACGGCCACGGUGUACCGCAGCCCGCCUGAGGGCUUCGAUCCCGAGCGCUUCGGCGCGGCGGGCGAGGAUGCGCGGGGCGCCUCGGGCCGCUUCCAUUACAUCCCGUUCGGCGGCGGAGCGCGCAGCUGUCUCGGCCAGGAGCUGGCACAGGCGGUGCUCCAGCUGCUGGCGGUGGAGCUGGUGCGCACGGCGCGCUGGGAGCUGGCCACGCCGGCCUUCCCCGCCAUGCAGACCGUGCCCAUCGUGCACCCGGCCGACGGGCUGCGGCUCUUUUUCCAUCCGCUCGCGCCUUCGGCAGCGCGAGAUGGGCUACGCCUCUGACCCGCUGGGCUUCGGGACAGGACUUGGCCUCCGGCCCCGGCGCGCUGUGAGUGCCGCCCCUCUGCGGUUUCCUAGUGCCGCCUCGG